AUGCACCUCUCGUUGACAUCACCAUGUUGCCAAGGUAAAUCAUAUCCUGGUCGUGCUACAGAGAUGGCCCAUAAGGCCGACAACCACGUAACGGCAGAAGUUCAGAAACCCCCGUAUCGGUUCGGUGCUCUUGCGGUCUUGUCAAUGCAUAACCCUGUGCGAGCGGGAACUGAGUUACGCAUGGCAAGCACAACAUCAGGCUCCCUGAAAGAGUAUUAUUAUAUAGCAAAGCAUGACGCAUUUUGGGUGUGGGAGGUCGUGCAAGAGCUUGAUGUUCCCGUCCCUUUUCCCCCGCAUUAUCCGACUACCGAAGGUCUCGGCGCAGGAAACAAACUAGCAACAAGAAGGGAUCUAGUGGGUGCAGUGUUCCCCUUCAACCUUUGGAGGGCAUGCUAUUGCUGUUCGCCAUCAAAAGAGGAUUAUGCAUACCAUUUCAAGCCCAAUGUGGCCAUAACGAUAUUUGGUAACUAUUCCACCACGGGCUUAAAGUAUUGCAUAAUGAAAAAGGAGUCGACUGUUGUAUACUAUCCUUAUGACUCGAUAAAGAAAGUCCAAGAUUGGUGGAAAGACAUAGAUUUGCCACCUAACCAUAAGGAAGAUAUCGCACGAGCAAACUCCACAAGGCCAUUUAGGCUGCCAAGCAGCCAGCUGCUAGAAUAA